AUGCUCGUACCCUUUAAGAAAUGGAGGUGGCAUAUCACUGGACUGCCGUACUCCCACCUCACAAGCCCCCUCAUCUCACUCGCAUUCGUGCUCUUGGAGGCCUAUGUCUACCUCGUCCCACUACGACAGCUCCAACUGCAACUUUUCUACGCCCCCUCCCUGGUCCCUCCGGAGAUGCUUCGAUUCCCUACCUCUCAAUUUCGAACUCUAUCUGCGGAGGACCUUCCGUCUUCCUCCCCCCGACUGCCCUCCUCCCCUCCUCCCUCAUCCCCCAUCCUUAAGCUCCACGCGCUCGUACACCGGGAUGGGCCCGGCCUCGGUGCUCCCUCUUCGACGUCCCGCUCCAGGAGCCGAGGGGCCAGGUACCUCGUCCACUGCAACCAUGGAUUUGGCGCGAACGCCUUCUCUUUCGAGCCCGUCCUCGCCCCCCUGGCCCGCCUUCUCGGUCGGACGCAUCCAGCCCUGGCCGUUGCGCACGAUGCGCCGGGGUUCGGGCUUACCGAGGUGCCCAAGGAAGGAGGGAGGGAAAACGGGGCGGGAGGAGGGGAAGGUGAGCUGUUCACUUUCGAGCACAAUGCCCGGUUGGGGGGGAGGCUGAUGGAGGAGUUAGGACGAGAGGGUGAGAGGGACGGCGGGAAAGGGAUGGCGGAGGAAGCGGACGAGGGAGGGGAGCGUCGUGUGUUCCUCGGUCACUCGAUGGGGGCCUUGACAUCGGCCUACAUGGCCGUACGCCACGUGCAGCAGGAGGGAGGCGGGGAUGGCGGGAGAGAGGCAGAAAGCGGCGUCACUGCUCCUGUCACGCUUGAGGGGGAGGAGGAGGAGGAGGAGGAGGAGGAGGAGGCCAUCCGUCCGCAGGGACGACAGCUGCAACGCCAGCGAUCGCCGCAUGUAUCGGUGGAAGGGGAAGGAGACGCGGGGGCGGGUGCCACCUCAGAGGAGAGUGGACAGCUGGCAGGCCCCUUCCCUCCUCAUCAUCACGUCCAGCGUUUGGGGGGCAAUGAAGGAGGGGAGGUGGGCGUAAGACGCGAGAAGGAAGGUCCAUUUUUCGGCGAGGGAGACGAAGGCGAGGAGGAGGUAGGGGAGGAGGGAGAGGAGGAGGAGGAGGAGGGGGACGAGGAGGAGAAAACCUGUCAAUUUUGCGGAUUGCACAACCCCGGCUUUACAGAGGAGGCGCUGGACCGGCACUACUUCACGAGCUGCCCUUUGUUGAUGCGGUGCCGGGAGUGUGGGCAGGUGAUCGAGAUCUUCGGGCUGCCAGAGCACCUGUUGGAGGAGUGUGAGGAGGCGCGAGGGGAGUAUGAAGCAUGCCCGGCGAGUGGGCUGGCGGUCCGGAAGGACCAGCGGGAAGCCUGGAGGAUGGGACCGGGGGCCUACUUUGCUGAGGAGGGGGGAAAGGGAGCGGGGACAAAGGUGGUAUGCCCUUUAUGUUUUUAUGCGAUCGAGCCGGCAUCAGAGGAGGGGGUGCGGGCGCAUUACAUCACACGGUGUCCUCGGAACGCUCGGAGGGAGGAGAUGGAGAGGUAG